AUGAUGUUGACCCACUUUACCGUGGUCUUCAAUCCCAUGCAUUCCUUGAAGCUAGAUGACACCGUAGGUAACAAUUCUGAUCCUCAUCAAGAAAGUAUGGGAGAAUGUCCUCUUCUACGGUUUGACACCAAUGGUGGUGUCAACACAACCUACACCAGGUGUUCUAGUGUAACUCAUUCUUUUGUCUGUGAAACUCAUGCAGCAUUCCACAACGAAAGAACCAACAACAUCAACAACUACACAGCAACACACUACAACACAACACAAGAACUACCAACAACAACAACAACAACAACAACUACACGACAGGACAUUACAACACAAGAACUUUCAACAUAUACACAACAUACAAUAGCACAAGAACCAGCAACAGCUACAGUAACUCAGAAACAUACAACAUUGGACUUAAUGUCGAAUCCAACAGCAGUAGCCUGCUACCAAACCACAUCAAUUCAACAAGAAAAAGCAGAUGCUACAACAACUUUGCCAGACGAAAACAAGUCCGUAACGAAGAUCGAAUCAAAGAGGCCACCGGAUCAUAUAUCAGUGACAACUCCUCAAAAAUUAAGUACGUCAUCCUUCCCACCUCCUGCUACUUCCUCCAACCGUCCGCCAUUGUACAGUAUGUUGUUGUCAUCGUCUACCGCGCGUCUUAACACUAUCAUCACAGCCACCAAGGUGGAGGUCACCACACAGACCAGUCAUAAUAUUGUCAACAUUGCUGUCAAUGUAAACACUUUUCCGAUGGCGGCCGUAGGAGGAAUUGUGGGUACCUUGGCUGUUUUAGUGGUGGUCGUUGUGAUCUUUUUUAUGGUGAAGAAAACAAGGAAUAUCAACAGAGAAAAUGGACCAAAUAUUCAAGCCGCAUCUAAUACUGGAGAUGUUCCCCAAAACCAUUCAGAGAAUAACAGUGAAGCAGGGGCCAUGUUCCGGAAUCCGACAUUUACUGCAGGAGAAGGUUUUGUGUCUUCAGAUGGUUAUGAUACUUUUGAAAUGCUAUCUGGUGAUGGUUACGAAGUUUUGGAAAUGCGAACUGGUGAUGACAUGUCACCAACAUCAUAUCUUACAUGUGGAAAAUAUGUUUAUCAACAACAAUCUCCAGUUUGA